UGUCCAGAAAGCAAUUCAUACCUCAUCGUGCCGUUUCUGGCACUCUGUUCUCUGGGAGGCCUUGCGCUUGCGCCGCCUUCCCCAAGAGAACCACGGUGGCACUAGCUUCUCGGGAUGAAGAAGAGAACGGCACCGUCGCACGUGCCUCGCCGAAGAGCAAGCAAGUUGUCCAUUGUCCUGCUGAUGCAGAGUAUGGAGCUGAACUGCAGGACAUGCAACGAUAGAACUAAAUUGCGAGUCGAAGAUCCAUCUUGCCGUCUUGACAGUAGACUAGUUCAAGGAGAAUCAAGGAUUUCACACCAUGAAAUACGCGCUUCGAACGAUGAAAUGCUGUCAAAGUGAUAUACUCUCUCCUGUUCCAGAACAGGCGACUGGCGUGCCGCUGCUGCGGCCAUGGACUGUGGCUCGUGAAAGGAGACGUGACAGAUGUGUAGGCGGAUAGAAAACGUG